AUGAGAGGCUCCAGGUCCUGGACGUUCACGCCUUGCCAGAAAAACACUAACGCGGUGCAACAGCCCAGCACCGCUUUCCCAACGCUAGCACCCGCCGAGAGGGCACAGCCGCGUGCGUGCUGGAUCUGGAACCGCAACCCCUUCUCACGUCGCCCGGACCAGCGCGUCCCACCGGGGACCUUAAAUAUGCCAGGUAGUCAGAGGCCCAAACGUGCCUUCUGUUUUUUUCCAGGAACAACACUGAACCUGUUGAAAUUUCCAAUUGUUAAUCCUACAUGCGACAGGAUAUUCCGAAGGCAGGAGAGGCUGAAAGAGGAGGCAACAAAAACAGAAGAUCAGCUAAGCAGUGAAGAAAAAAAGUACCUUAAUCAGCUUAAAAAGCAAGGCUACUUAGUGGGAAGAGUUGGAAGAACGUUUCAACAGCAGAAGCGUAGCUCCGUGAUUGACUUUGACCCUGACGUGCUCUCCUACAGCGUAGAUGAAGAUCCCGGAUAUUCGCCUAGGAAGCAAGAGGAAAGGGUAGAGUUUACAUACAACGAAGUGAAGGAUGCUCGCUGGUGUUUUGACACUCCAGGGAUUGUAAAGGAAAACUGUGUUUUAAAUCUCCUGACAGACAAAGAAGUAAAGCUGGUUUUGCCAACAUAUGGCAUUGUUCCACGGACCUUUAUUCUCAAGCCGGGAAUGGUCUUAUUUUUAGCAGCCUUGGGACGUGUAGACUACUUAGAGGGGCAAAAGCCUGCCUGGUUUUCUGUCGUGGCUUCUAACCUCUUGCCAGUCCACGUUACCACCCUGAGCAAUGCAGAUGCCGUCUAUGAGAAGCAUGCUGGCCGAGAGUUGCUGAAGGUUCCCAUGGGUGGGGAAGAGCGAAUGAAAGAGUUCCCCCCACUUGUCCCUCAGGAUGUUACACUGAAGGGAAUUGGUACCACUGAGGCUGUCGCAGAUAUCAAGCUUUCCUCUGCAGGCUGGGUGGCAGUGACAGGUCACGCGGAAGAGAAACUGCUGCUCCGAGCCUAUACUCCCAAGGGCACCGCGUUGGUGGUGCGGGAGCCUCCCCUUUUGCCGUACAUCAGUACCAUCAGAGGGGCCCGGAUCGCAGGCACUGCCGCCUACAGGACCAAAAGGCCUGCCUCCAUGGUGGAAAACCUGAAAACCACAGGGAAGAGGUAGCGCUUCGCAUCAUCUGAG